GUAUCCCGUGCGCCUCCGUGGGACAUCCAAACCGAAAGGACAACCCAAUAGCAAGUGCUGGCUGCGAGCAUCCUUUUGGGAUUCCUUCCACACUGUUUCAAGUUCCCCUGUUCUCCUAUCAGCCGUUGACCAGCUCUCGGGAAAAGUCCACAGCCAUCUCCCUCCAACCAUAGACAAUUGGUAGCCAUCUCCCUUCCCUCUCCAAAGCAGUGAAGUCCUUAAGAGGAGGGGCACAGCCAUCCACAUCCAUCCAAUUAAGCCCCAGCACUCCUUUUCCACAGGGCAAGCCUUUGAGAAUAUCUUGGCUGCAUCCUGGGAUCGUCAUUCCUGGAAUCAUUACAUCCAACAACUCUUCUCGAGAAGCAAGAAGGCAGGCAAUGGAGAAACCCAGGUUUGGGAAGCUGGCGAUUCGCAUCGUCGUCGUGUUCCUCGGAACGGUCGCCUUCUCGUGCUCCUUGGCAGCCGAAUUCAAGAAAGUAAAGGCAAAGGAUAUGAAGCUGGAUGGAAAUCUGUGUUCGUUGCCAAGGAGCUCUGCGUUCGGACUGGGGAUCACGGCGCUGGUCUGCCUCUCGAUAGCUCAGAUCGUGGGGACCUCCGCAGUAGGAACCAGGCUGUGCUCGGGAGAGAGGAACGCCAGGAGAAGUCGAACCGUCUCCAUCAUCCAAUUAGUUUCAUCUUGGCUCAGCUAUGGAUUUGCCAUGGUCCUGUUGGCCACCGGGUCGAGCAUGAACGGCGGGCAGCCCUAUGGGAAAGGUUGGAUGGAUGGGAAAUGCUACAUCGCUAGGAAUGGAGUGUUCGGUGGUGCAGCCAUCCUGGUCGUCACCACUGUAGUUUUCAUUCUUGGAUUCACCUUUACAGCAGGAACAACAACACACCUUCGCAACGGUGCAGACGAGGAAGGAGGAGAUCAUCAACAACCCAAGUGACUGAAGAAGCCUCGGAUGAUGACCGUGACUCCAUGUCUACUUGGUGGGAAUUCACCAUGGUUCGGAGUCAAUGGAAAAGAGAACGCAAUGGGAAGAUGACUGGGCCAUGAAAGAAAAAAAAAAAAGACCGCCAUCCAGAGAAGAAUAUUUUUGCAACCGCCUGGUCAACAAAGGAUGGCUAGCAUUGGUCACCUCCCUCGACCGCAACGAAGCUGACUUCGUCCCGGACACGAUUGAAUUAUUUAUUAAAAAGAAAAAAAAACGAAGACGAUUACAAUUUUUUUAAUCUUUUGUUAUCCAUUUGACUCCACAAAAGGCAUUUAUCAUGUUGAUAAAGAAGUAUUUUUCAAUAAAAAGUUCAGUAUGGUGCUCCGUCUACCUUUUCUUUUUAUU